GGGGGGGAAGAAAUAAUUUGGAGCAGCCAUCUUUGUUUUAUGCAGAAAUCUUUCUCUUUCAGUUCCCCCCAGCGCCGGGAAUAUACAAAUAUUGUUCAUCUCUGCCCCGAUCUGAGAUCUUCUGAGCGAUUAAAGAGGCCAAAAAAAAAAAGCAAAAAAAAAAAAAAGCAAAAAAAAAAAAAAAAAAAGAGGGCGAGCCAAAAAAUCUGAAUUAUUCGCUAUCGCCAGCUACCUAUAGCCAGAGCAGCAACAACAACAACAAAAAAAAAAAAGGGGGGGGGAAACCUAGGCUGCUUUUUUUUUUUUUUUGCCUGAUUUUUGUUGAGGCUUUUUUUUUUUUUUAAUCUUUCUUUUUUUUUUUAACCUCAAGGAAGAGCACCACCAUGGCUUCCCCUCUGAGGGAGGACGAGGAAGAGGAGGAGGAGAUGGUGGUGUCUGAGGUGGAGGGGGACGAAGAAGACGAGGAGGAAGAGGAGGAGGAAGACGGAGCAGGGGACAACAGCCCCGGCGACAUAUUCCUGUCAGCCGUGCAGGCGGCGGCGCUGCCGCUGGCGCCCGCGCCCGCAGCAUCAGCUCCCGCCGCGGCCGCUGAGGCGACUGAGGCGCCUCCAGGCGGCGAUGACGGGGUGCUGCGGGGCCUCGAGGGCGCCCUGGGCGUCAAGAAGAAGAAGAGGGGCCCGCGGAAGCCCAAGGAGAGCAAGGCGGGGAAGCCCCGGAAGCGGAAAAAGCUAGCGAGCGAGGAUGAGUUCGAGUCGGAGCGCGAGGAGUACCGGGAGAAGUCGGAGAGCGGCGGCAGCGACUACGGCGGCGUGGCCAAGAAGAAGCGGCGGAAGCACCGCGAGAAGAAGGAGAAGAAGACGAAGCGCCGGAAAAAGAUGGACGAGGAGGGAGGCCAGAAAGUGAAGCCGGUGGAGCAGAAGUCAUCGGCGCAGCUGCUGGGCGCCUGGGGGCUGGAGGACGUCGACCACGUCUUCACGGAGGAGGACUACCACACCCUCACCAACUACAAGGCCUUCAGCCAGUUCAUGAGGCCCCUCAUCGCCAAGAAGAACCCCAAGAUCCCCAUGUCGAAGAUGAUGACCAUCCUGGGCGCCAAGUGGCGGGAGUUCAGCGCCAACAACCCCUUCAAGGGCUCCGCCGCCGCCGUGGCCGCCGCCGCCGCCGCCGCCGCCGCCGCCGUGGCCGAGCAGGUGUCGGCCGCCGUCUCGGCCGUGGCCGCCGAGCCCCAGCCCGCCCCGCUGCGCAAGGCCAAGACCAAGGAGGGCAAAGGGCCCGGCCACAAGAAGCGCAGCAAGAGCCCCCGGGUGCCGGAGCUGAAGAGGAAGAUGAAGGGCAAGAAGAUGGCGCCGCUGAAGAUCAAGCUGGGCGUCCUCGGCGGCAAGCGCAAGAAGAGCAGCUCGAGCGACGAGGCGGGCGAGGCGGAGGAGGAGUCGGACGCGGAGAGCUCCAGCGUGCACAGCGCCUCGGUGCGCUCCGACGCCUCCGGCCGCCCCAAGAAGCUCAAGCGGGGCCGCCCCGGGCGCAAGAAGAAGAAGGCCCCCUGCACCAUCCUGAACCGGGAGCGGGGCCCCGUGGUGCCCGGGGCCGCGCCGCCGCACGGCGCCGGCGCCGAGGAGGAGGUGGACGGCUACGAGACGGACCACCAGGACUACUGCGAGGUGUGCCAGCAAGGCGGCGAGAUCAUCCUCUGCGACACCUGCCCCCGCGCCUACCACCUCGUCUGCCUCGACCCCGAGCUCGACCGGGCGCCCGAGGGCCGCUGGAGCUGCCCCCACUGCGAGAAGGAGGGGGUGCAGUGGGAGGCCAAGGAGGAGGAGGAGGAGUACGAGGAAGAGCUGGAGGAGGAGGGCGAGAAGGAGGAGGAGGACGACCACAUGGAGUACUGCCGGGUGUGCAAGGACGGCGGCGAGCUGCUGUGCUGCGACGCCUGUAUCUCCUCCUACCACAUCCACUGCCUCAACCCGCCCCUGCCCGAGGUCCCCAACGGCGAGUGGCUCUGUCCCCGCUGCACGUGUCCCGUGCUCAAGGGCCGCGUCCAGAAGAUCCUGUACUGGCGCUGGGGGGAGCCGCCGCCGCCCGUGGCCGCCGCCGCCCCCGAGGCCCCCCCCGAGGAGCACCCAAAGGUGCUGCAGGGCCGCUCCGAGCGCGAGUUCUUCGUCAAGUGGGUCGGCCUCUCCUACUGGCACUGCUCCUGGAUCAAGGAGCUGCAGCUGGAGAUCUUCCACCUGGUGAUGUACCGCAACUACCAGCGCAAGAACGACAUGGACGAGCCGCCGCCGCUCGACUACGGCUCGGGUGACGACGACGGCAAGAGUGACAAGCGCAAGAGCCAGGACCCGCUCUACGGCGGCAUGGAGGAGCGCUUCUACCGCUACGGCAUCAAGCCCGAGUGGAUGACGGUGCACCGCAUCAUCAACCACAGCGUGGACCGCAAGGGGCAGUAUCACUACCUGGUGAAGUGGCGGGACCUGCCCUACGACCAGGCCACGUGGGAGGAGGACGAGAUGCCCAUCCCCGACUACGACCUCCACAAGCACGCCUACUGGAAGCACCGCGAGGUCUUCAUGGGCGAGGACCCGGCGCAGCCCCGGCGCUACAAGAAGAAGAAGAAGGAGACGCCGGGGGAGGGACCCCCCGACUCGCCCACCAAUGACGACGCACGUGCGCGCGCGGGCCGGGGCGCCCCUGCCGGACGCCUGGGCCCUGACGGCGCGUGCCCGCAGCCGACGGUGAAGUACGAGGCGCAGCCGCGGUUCAUCACGGCCACGGGCGGCACCCUGCACAUGUACCAGCUCGAGGGCCUCAACUGGCUGCGCUUCUCCUGGGCCCAGAGCACCGACACCAUCCUGGCCGACGAGAUGGGGCUCGGCAAGACCAUCCAGACCAUCGUCUUCCUCUACUCCCUCUACAAGGAGGGCCACACCAAGGGCCCGUUCCUCGUCAGCGCCCCGCUCUCCACCAUCAUUAACUGGGAGCGCGAGUUCCAGAUGUGGGCGCCCGCCUUCUACGUCGUCACCUACACGGGGGACAAGGACAGCCGCUCCAUCAUCCGCGAGAACGAGUUCUCCUUCGAGGACAACGCCAUGAAGGGCGGCAAGAAGGCCUUCAAGAUGAAGCGGGAAGCGCAGGUGAAGUUCCACGUGCUGCUGACGUCCUACGAGCUCAUCACCAUCGACCAGGCGGCGCUGGGCUCCAUCCGCUGGGCCUGUCUGGUGGUGGACGAGGCCCACCGCCUCAAGAACAACCAGUCCAAGUUCUUUCGGGUGCUCAACGGCUACAAGAUCGAGCACAAGCUGCUGCUGACGGGGACGCCGCUGCAGAACAACCUGGAGGAGCUCUUCCACCUCCUCAACUUCCUCACGCCCGAGCGCUUCAACAACCUGGAGGGCUUCCUGGAGGAGUUUGCGGACAUCUCCAAGGAGGACCAGAUCAAGAAGCUGCACGACCUGCUGGGCCCCCACAUGCUGCGGCGCCUCAAGGCCGACGUCUUCAAGAACAUGCCGGCCAAGACGGAGCUCAUCGUGCGCGUCGAGCUCAGCCCCAUGCAGAAGAAGUACUACAAGUACAUCCUGACGCGCAACUUCGAGGCGCUGAACUCGCGGGGCGGCGGCAACCAGGUGUCGCUGCUCAACAUCAUGAUGGACCUGAAGAAGUGCUGCAACCACCCCUACCUCUUCCCCGUGGCCGCCAUGGAGUCCCCGAAGCUGCCGAGCGGCGCCUACGAGGGGGGGGCGCUGAUCAAGGCCUCGGGGAAGCUGCUGCUGCUGCAGAAGAUGCUGCGCAAGCUCAAGGAGCAGGGCCACCGGGUGCUCAUCUUCUCCCAGAUGACGAAGAUGCUGGACCUGCUGGAGGACUUCCUCGACUACGAGGGCUACAAGUACGAGCGCAUCGACGGCGGCAUCACCGGCGCCCUGCGCCAGGAGGCCAUCGACCGCUUCAACGCGCCCGGGGCGCAGCAGUUCUGCUUCCUGCUGUCGACGCGGGCCGGGGGCCUCGGCAUCAACCUGGCCACCGCCGACACCGUCGUCAUCUUCGACUCCGACUGGAACCCCCACAACGACAUCCAGGCCUUCAGCCGGGCGCACCGCAUCGGCCAGGCCAACAAGGUGAUGAUCUACCGCUUCGUGACGCGGGCCUCGGUGGAGGAGCGCAUCACCCAGGUGGCCAAGCGCAAGAUGAUGCUGACGCACCUGGUGGUGCGCCCGGGGCUGGGCUCCAAGGCCGGCAGCAUGUCCAAGCAGGAGCUCGACGACAUCCUCAAGUUCGGCACCGAGGAGCUCUUCAAGGACGAGAACGAGGGGGAGAACAAGGAGGAGGACAGCAGCGUGAUCCACUACGACAACGAGGCCAUCGCCCGGCUCCUCGACCGCAACCAGGACGCCACCGACGACGCCGACGUGCAGAACAUGAACGAGUACCUCAGCUCCUUCAAGGUGGCCCAGUACGUGGUGCGCGAGGAGGACAAGAUCGAGGAGAUUGAGCGGGAGAUCAUCAAGCAGGAGGAGAACGUCGACCCUGACUACUGGGAGAAGCUGCUGCGGCACCACUACGAGCAGCAGCAGGAGGACCUGGCCCGCAACCUGGGCAAGGGCAAGCGGGUGCGCAAGCAGGUCAACUACAACGACGCCGCCCAGGAGGACCAAGACAACCAAUCCGAGUACUCGGUGGGCUCCGAGGAGGAGGACGAGGACUUCGACGAGCGGCCGGAGGGCCGGCGCCAGUCCAAGCGGCAGCUGCGCAACGAGAAGGACAAACCGCUGCCCCCGCUGCUGGCCCGCGUCGGCGGCAACAUCGAGGUGCUGGGGUUCAACACGCGGCAGCGCAAGGCCUUCCUCAACGCGGUGAUGCGCUGGGGGAUGCCGCCCCAGGACGCCUUCACCUCGCAGUGGCUGGUGCGCGACCUGCGCGGCAAGACCGAGAAGGAGUUCAAGGCCUACGUGUCGCUGUUCAUGCGGCACCUGUGCGAGCCGGGGGCCGACGGCUCGGAGACCUUCGCCGACGGGGUCCCGCGCGAGGGGCUCUCGCGCCAGCAGGUCCUCACCCGCAUCGGCGUCAUGUCCCUCGUCAAGAAGAAGGUGCAGGAGUUCGAGCACAUCAACGGGCGCUGGAGCCUGCCCGAGGGGCCGGCGGAGGCCAGCGCCGACUCCAAGCGCUCGUCGCGCGCCUCCUCGCCCACCAUCAAGACCUCCACCACCACCCCCGAGGCCAGCGGCACCACCACCCCCUGCACCUCCAAGCCAGCCACGCCGGCCCCCAGCGAGCGGGGCGAGGGGACGGGGCCCCCCCCGGACAGGGACGACGGUGACACCAAGGACGACAAGGAGCCCAAGGGCCCCGACAAGAUGGACACCGAGGCGCCGGGGCCCGAGGCGCCGGGGUCCCCCGGGGACGGCAGCGAGGCCGAAGGGCCGCGCCGGGGCGAGGAGGAGGAGGCCGCUGGCGAGCGGGAGCCCGAGGCCGAGGCCCCCCCGGGCCGCGAGGAGCGCGAGCGAGCAGGCGCCGAGGCCGAGAAGCCGCCCGGGGGGGAGAAGGGGGACGAGAAGCCCCCAGAGCCGGAGGAGCCCAAGGAGCGAAUGGGUGGCGACGGCCCGGACGUGAAACGAGAGGAGCCGAAGGCCGAGAAGGAGCCCAAGGGUGGCAGCCUCAAAGAGGAGCCGCGAGCCGCCAACGGGCGCCGGGAGGACCGAGCCGAGAAGCCGCGGUUCAUGUUCAACAUCGCCGACGGCGGCUUCACGGAGCUGCACACGCUGUGGCAGAACGAGGAGCGGGCGGCCGUCUCCUCGGGGAAGCUCACCGAGAUCUGGCACCGGCGCCACGACUACUGGCUCCUCGCCGGCAUCGUCCUGCACGGCUACGCCCGCUGGCAGGACAUCCAGAACGACGGGCAGUUCGGCGUCAUCAACGAGCCCUUCAAGACGGAGGCCAACAAGGGCAACUUCCUCGAGAUGAAGAACAAGUUCCUGGCGCGGCGCUUCAAGCUGCUGGAGCAGGCGCUGGUGAUCGAGGAGCAGCUGCGGCGUGCCGCCUACCUGAACAUGACGCAGGACCCCAGCCACCCGGCCAUGGCCCUCAACAGCCGCUUCGCCGAGGUCGAGUGCCUGGCCGAGAGCCACCAGCACCUCUCCAAGGAGUCGCUGGCGGGCAACAAGCCGGCCAACGCGGUGCUGCACAAGGUGCUGAACCAGCUGGAGGAGCUGCUGAGCGACAUGAAGGCGGACGUGACGCGGCUGCCGGCCACCCUCUCGCGCAUCCCCCCCAUCGCCGCCCGCCUCCAGAUGUCCGAGCGCAGCAUCCUCAGCCGCCUGGCCAGCAAGGGCACCGAGAGCCACCCCCCGCCGAGCUUCCCGCCGGGGCCCUACGCCACCCCCCCGAGCUACGGGGGCACCUUCGGGGCCCCCCCGGCCGGGGCGCUGCCCCCCGCGGGGGCCAACUACAGCCAGAUGCCGCCCGGCUCCUUCAUCACCGCCGCCGCCAACGGGCCGCCGGUGCUGGUGAAGCGGGAGCGCGAGGCCGACGGGGCCGAGAGGAAGGAGCCGCGGGGGGGGGAGGUGAUCUGCAUCGACGACUGAGGGGGGCCCGGCCCCCCCCGGGACCCCCCCCAGCCCCCCAGGCGCCCGCAGGGGGGGGCCGGGCCGCCCCCGCCCCCAAAACUGCUCCGAUGGCCCCCAAAAUCCGCCCGGGGGGGGGGGAGAGACGGAGGGGGCGGCCGGGCUGCCCCCCCACCCCCAAAAUGGCCUCAAUCGCCCCCAAAAUCCGCCCAUGGGGGGGGGGAACGGGGGGGUGGGGGGGCCGGGCCGCCCCUUGCAACCAAAAUGGCCCCAAUCGCCCCCAAAAUCCGCCCAUGGGGGGGCUGGGCCACCCCUCGCCCCCAAAACGGCCUUGUUUACCCCCAAAAAUCCAAACACACAUUUUGGGGGGGGGGGGGCGGGCUGCUCCCUCCCCCCCAGUCCCCAAAAUGGCUGUUUGUGCCCAAAAUCCGCCCAUGGGGGGGGGGGGGAGGGGGCCAGGCCCCCCCUCACCCCCAAAAUGGCCCCGUUUGGCCCCAAAACGCUGCCGGUGGGGGGGAGGCCGGGCCACCCCCCACCCCCAAAAUGCCCCUUUUUGCCCCAAAAUGUGCCAGUUGGGGGGGGGAGGGCCAGGCCGCCCCCACCCCCAAAAUGCCCUUUUUUGCCCCCAAAAUCCGCCCUGGGGGGGGGGGGGGGGAACGGGGCGGCCCUUCACUCCCAAACCGUCCUGUUUUGCCCCCAAAAUGGAGCAGCAGCCCCGGGGGGGGGGGGGGGGCACAGGGCCAGGCCGCCCCCAAAACCACCGUUUUUCAACCCAAAAAUCCACUGGGGGGAAGAGUCCAGCCCUCACCCCCCCCCCCGCUGGCCCCAAAAUGCCUCGUUUUCCCCCCAAAAAAGUGGCGGGCGGGGCGGGGGAGGGGCGGCCCGGGCGGGGGGGGGAGGGGCGGCGAGGACCACUGCACCUAUAAAUAUGAAUAUAUAUAUAUAUCCCCGGGGCGGGGGAGGGGGGGGGCCCCGGCGUCCGGGGGGGGCCCAGGCGUCCGGGCGCCCCCCCUCCCUCCCCCCCCCAGCGGCGCCGGCGCUUCGCGAAACCGCAGCAGAAUAAACCCGGUUCCUGGCGCCCCCC